UUGGAUUUACUCCAACGAGAACUUUUGAUAUAGUAAUUCAUAGUCCAAUUCCUCCAUGGCGGCUCUCUCCGCCUGCUCUUCUCCUUCAUGGCCUCUCCCUGAGCCUAAUCCUAGUUCUAACCCUAAUUCGAAUUUUCCAACCGUUCCUCCGGAUGAAAUCGCCACCAUCUCUGACCAACAACCAAGAGCUGAAGCUGACAAGCACGUCAAAGAUGAAGAUGUAGAUGGAUAUGAUGGAGAUGGAGAUGAAGAUGAAGAAGGUUCUUUCAAUGUUUCUUCUCUCACCUAUGCUUUUCUUGACAACCCUAGCGAAAAUGGAGAUUCUGAAGCUCAUUUCAAUUUCAAUACCCCUUCUCCUCCCUAUUCUUUCGUUCAGAAUCCUAGUGCCAACCCCAACUAUGCUUUCCUUGACAACCCUAGUGGAGAUGGAGAUUCAGAAGCUCAAUCCAGUUUCGAUGUCCCUCCCCACACCUAUUCGUUCCUUGAAAACCUUGGCGCCAACCCCACCUAUUCUUUCCCUGAAAACCCUAGCGGAGAUGGAGAUUCAGAAACUGUUUCCAAUUUCAAUAACCCUUCUCCCACCUAUUCUAUCGUUCAAUUUCCUAGCGACAACCCCAAUCUCCAUAAUAAUCUGUCUUCCGUCCCCACGCUCCUUCACCUCUCCUUCAAUCAGGACCAUGGCUGCUUUGCGGCUGGAACAGAUAAUGGAUUCCGGAUCUACAACUGCGAUCCCUUUCGCGAAAUUUUCCGGAGAGACUUUGAUCAUGGAGGUGGUAUCGGUGUUGUAGAAAUGCUCUUUAGGUGCAAUAUUCUUGCACUUGUAGGGGGUGGACCUGAUCCGCAGUACCCGAUCAACAAGGUCAUGAUUUGGGACGAUCACCAGAGCCGGUGCAUCGGCGAGUUGUCAUUUAGAUCUGAGGUGCGUGCUGUCCGGCUUCGGCGUGAUCGUAUUGUUGUGGUUUUGGAGCAGAAAAUAUUCGUGUACAAUUUUGCGGACUUGAAGCUAUUGCACCAAAUUGAGACGAUUGCCAAUCCCAAGGGGCUGUGCGCUGUGUCACAGGUGGCGGGUUCACUUGUUUUGGUUUGCCCAGGACUGCUGAAGGGUCAGAUUAGGGUUGAGCAUUAUGGAUCAAAGCGAACAAAGUUCAUAAUGGCUCAUGACUCGAGGAUUGCGUGUUUCGCACUUACCCAGGAUGGCAAAUUGCUCGCUACCGCUAGCACCAAGGGCACGCUAGUUCGGAUAUAUGAUACUUCUGAUGGGACUCUUAUUCAAGAGGUCCGUAGGGGUGCUGAUAGAGCAGAGAUCUACAGCCUAGCUUUCUCUUCUACUGCACAGUGGCUAGCCGUGUCAAGUGACAAGGGCACAGUUCAUGUCUUCAGCCUCAAGGUUAAUUCAGGAUCUCCAGGAAAUGAUAAUACACAAAAUGUCUCUGGUCCCAAUAAUGCUGCCCCAUCAACUGGUUCAUCACUCUCCUUCAUUAAAGGGGUGUUGCCAAAGUAUUUUAGCUCAGAAUGGUCAGUGGCACAAUUUCGUCUGCAUGAAGAUUCUCAGUACAUUGUUGCUUUUGGUCAUCAGAAGAAUACUAUUCUCGUUCUCGGCAUGGAUGGAAGCUUCUAUCGGUGUCAGUUUGAUCCGGUGACUGGUGGUGAGAUGACUCAACUGGAAUAUUACAACUUCCUGAAGCCAGAUGAGACUUCCUAGACUAGAGCUGAAGGCAGUUUUUAAUUUCUAAUUUUGACUUCUUUUAGUGUCUUUGAGAUAUUAUCUUUUCUAAAAUCUCUUUUUGGGACUGAAUAAAUUGUAAAUAUCUUAGUAGAGAUGGGUGCUUGUAGAAUGUAGAUAG